AUGCUAGCCAGUGACGACAGCUACGGCGCGGACAAGGCCCUUGAGGUUAUUGCACAGGCGCACGCUGCAUGGCAGCUGUUUCUCCACAGCAACGUGCAGCCGGAGCCGUGGCGGCCGGAUCUGGACGUUUUUUCCACCAACGUGCUGCAGGCCUGCUGGCGGAAGUACACUGAUGGGCAGAGUGCUGCGGUGCUCCCUGUGUCGUGCGAGAAGCGGGAGGAGGGCGUUCCUGGGGACGCUUAUAACGGGGAUGAGAUGCUGGGGGUUGGAUCGGUGGGGUUUGGUGCGGUUGGUGGGGGUAUGGCGGAAGAGGACGGGAUUGGGAGGGAUGCAAGGGGCAAGGAUGUGGUAGAAGCAGGCUCCAGGCGGGGUUCUGAGAAGGUUCCUGAAGGGCGGAGCAAAGGGGGACGGCUGAGCCGAAUAUCGCCGUCAGCAGUAGCACCUACCACUGCCACUGCCACUGCCACUGCUGCUGCUGCUGCUGAUGGCCGCGUGCCGGAAGCAGGAGCAGCAGCAGCUGGAGGGGGAAAAGGAGGAAAAGGGGGAGGGGAAGGAGCUGCCACAGCAGCCAAAGCACUGCCAGCGGGGCAUCCCGGUAGCUUCGAGAACACGGGGGGGUACAGCAGCAGUGCGCACGGGAAGGGGUCUCGCGCGUGGAGCCCUCUAGCUUUGGUGCGCUCCAAGUCCCCUGGCAGUCUGCAGGGCAGUCAUGGCAAGCAGCGCGCGCGGAGCACUGCACGUGACAGCAGCAGAAAAUCACCUGGGAGUUACCAGAGCAGUGCGGCGGGGGUAAGCAACGAGGUUCAGGGUAGGGCUUCAAGUGCGGGUACCCAGUGGGCUGCUGUUGCUGCAGGCCAGGUGAAGCACAGUGCAGGCAGCCAGUCGCCAGUGGGUGGUAGACCACCAAGCAGCCCGUCUCCCCUGGUGGGUGGUAGACCACCCAGCAGCCCAUCCCUGGGCGGUGGUAGACCACCAAGCAGCCCGUCCCUAGUGGGCGGUAGACUACCAAGCAGCCAGUCACCGGUUGGUGGUAGACCACCCAGCAGCCCAUCACCAGUGGGUGGUAGACCACCGCUCAGAAGCAGCAGCAGCGUGUCUCCAGGAGGCCAGAGGGGGCGAGACAGCAGGUCUCCCGGUGAAAGGUCGGGGGUGCCCAGGUCUCCCAGGGAAAGGUUGCUGGGGCCCAGCUCUCCCAGGGAAAUCUUGCCUGGCAAUGCCUUAGCAGCUCUUGGGGGCGAUUUGCGAGUAGGUGGUGCUGCUGGCACUGCUGCUGCUGCUGUUGGCAGUGCUGCUGCUGCUGGUGUUGGCGGUGGUGGUGUGCGGGGUGCAGCUGCGUCUGAGCCUGCUGCCAACGCUGAUGGGCACUCCUGGCUGGAUUCGCACGCAGUAGCGCCGAUCGCGUGGGAGAGUGAUGUGUUCCCAGUGGACAGGCUGCUGGUGGGGAUGCUGGAGGGGGAGAGCUCGCACCACCUGGGCGUGGCACAGUUGAGACAGGGUGAUGGACAUGACCCACUGGGCACUGUGUGUGCGGGUAUUCCCGACGGUGACGGACUGCUGCGUCGGCAUCGCAGCGAGAACCUGUCUGCGCGUGGGGCGUUUCAGCAGCAGUUAGGGGAUGGUGGGAAUCAUGGGUUGGGGGAUGGUGGGCGGGAUGGUGGGGAGAAUGGUGGGGGGGAUGGUUGUGAGGUGAACAGGCUUCUGAGAGGGCUGCUGGGGGCAGGAGGUGUGUGUGCAGGUGCGGCAGAGGCAGGCAGCGAUGCUGACAUGCUGCGCCGGCAUUGCAGUGAGAACCUCUCCGGAUACAGCUCUGUGCAUCCUCCUGUGCUGCUGCGGGCAGUGCCUGAAGGAGGAGGAGGAGAUACCGGCGAGACUCCUCCCAAGUCUGCCACUUUCCUCCCCGCCCCCUCAUUCCUCCCCACCCCCCAUGCUCAACAACCCGCAAUCCUCGUGCCCAUCUGCCUCUGCCCGUCGCCGCUCCUCGUCCUUCUCGGGGUGUGA